AGUGAGGUUGAAUUAGGUGUAUGUGCAUCACCAUUGACGGUUUCCAAUAUAAAUGACGUUUCCAAUAUAAAGUGGAAUAUAUAAUGCUAUAGAAGGUGAUUCAGUCGUGUUGUCUUGGAUAUUGUCUUGUGUAUUGACUAUAACUGAAGAUUCCCAGUGGAAAAGGCCAACUAUGGAUAAGAGAUGUUAUGGUUGUGCUUCAAAGUUCAGUCUCUUCAAAAAGGAGUUGGGCUGCAAAAACUGUGGACGCUCAUUUUGUUCUGGAUGUCUGACAUUUAGUGCGUUGGUGCCACGCUACGGUAACACUCAGCAAAAAGUCUGCAAGCAGUGCCAUGGUGAUCUCACAAGUAGUGGAAAACAGAACGAUGCUGCAAGAUGGUCACCACCUGAAAACUACAAAAAGCGGAUAGCUGCCCUCGAAGCCAAACAGUCUCAAUCUCAUCAGCCUCUAAGACAUGCUAGUAGAACAAGCAAUGCACCAGCUCUUCAUUCAACCAAGGGUCUUUCUAAGGAGGACCAAGCGAUUGCACAAAGACUUCAGAAGCUGAAAGAGGAAACAAAACCAAAGUCCUUACCAUCUGAGAAGGAGAUAGAGGCUCGUCUUGCUGCCCUAAAAGCUCCAGAUCAGCCGGUUCCUUCAGCUCGAGAGAUGGAAGACCGUUUGGCGGCUUUAAAAGGAAGACCACCUCCUUCUCAAGGUCCUCCAUCAGUUCAUCAGCCGCCUGAUAGCAGGACUCAAACUGAACAGGCAAAUGAUUUGAUCACGCAGAUGACAGAGGAAGUUGCCAUUGACAGCCAACAGUGCCCAGAUGCUGAUCAAUCAGAGCAUCCAGUCAUACCCUUAAACGAUCUCAACAAGCAAGCAAGUGAUGAGAAUUUGGAUGACAAGCAGCUGUCAUUCAAGCAGAUAGAGGAGGAAAAGAGCCGCUUGCUUGCCGAGGCCAUGGAGGAGCUGAAACGAGAAGAAAUCUGUCAGAGCCAGCUUGUCUAUGUAGCCAAGAGACUGGCUGUGCUGCAGGGGCGAGAUCCAGACAAAGUCACUAUGGCAGACUUCCAGAUGCCGGACAGUGAUGACGAGACUGAGGAGGAAGCAAUUGCCAGGAUCCUAAAAAGGCUGUCAGAGGAGACUGCUUUAGAUGAGGCCAGUGGUUAUAAUAUCCCUCUAGAACACAGUGGCCCAGGAAAUAAAGAAAAACCUAAUUCCAGUAAGAAGCAGGCAUCGAAAACAAAGCCUGCUGCUGUUUCUGUGAACUCGGGUACCACAUGUGAUGAGGAUGAUGAUGAUGAAGCUGAGCUGCCCUGGUGCUGUAUCUGUAAUCAGGAUGCCACCAUUCGUUGCCACACAUGUGACCAGGACUUGUAUUGCAACCGCUGUUUUAGAGAAGGCCAUGAUGAAUAUGAUCGAAAAGAACACCACACAUCCAGUUACACAGCCCCUAAGAAAAACAAGAAGACCAAAUCUUCAAAAUGCAGUUAAAGUUUGUCCCUAGCAACCUGAAUGUGUCCGAACAGAUCAAGUAAAUAUUGUUCAUCAUUAACAAAUCCACACAUGGUUGUUGAUAGCAGCCUAGGUAUUUUGAAAUGCACUUUAACAUCAAAACAUUAUUUUUUUUUCUGAUAUUUAAUGUAGUUUUCAUCAAGCUUUAAUCUCUGUUAUGGUUUUAAUUAAAAGAAAGUGGCUCGUU